AUCAAAAACGAAUGUCAAAUCUCGCUUAUUAUCAAUUCAGCGUAUUUUUGCUCUGUCAAUAAUAAGAGGAUAUCGAACUAUCUCUUUAGAAGCUUCUUUAGUGUUGGCAAAUAUCGUACCUAUUGAUUUAAGAAUAAUUUAUCUUGCCAAUAUGUAUCGCAUUAAACAUUGUUUACCAGUGGAUCACUUAUCAAAUUUAAAAUUUCAAUUAACGUUGCCUGUUGAGGAUUUUCACCAUCCAUCUGUAUCUUUUAAUUUUUUAAAUAAUGUUUGUAAUUUUAAUCACAAUUAUCAUAUUUAUACUGAUGGUUCAAAAUUGGCCGGUCAUGUUGGGUGUGCAGUUGUGAUUUUUCCUGCUAAUUCUAAUCAAUCUAUUGAUAUUUUAAAAUUUCGUUUGGCUGAUUCAUGUUCCAUUUUUCAAGCUGAAUUAUUUGCAAUCUAUCAAGCAUCUGAAUGGUUAAAAAGGAAUAAUCAAUCCGCGAAAAUCUUUAUUGAUUCAUAUUCUGCUCUUCUUGCUUGUUGUUCAAGUAAAAGUAAUGAUUUAUUGGUUCAUGGUAUUCAAUUAAAUUUGGUUGGAAUACAUUUUUGUCUUCAAUGGAUACCUUCACAUUCUGGCUAUCUUGGUAAUGAACUGGCUGAUCAACAUGCAAAAGAUGCUACAAAUCUCUCUUAUAUUUCGUAUGAUUUUUGUCCAGUUUCCUUGGCAAAAUAUUUUUUGAAAAAUAUAAUGUUUUAUUAUUGGGAUAAUCGCUGGAAAACAAGUAGAGAUGGAAGUGUUACAAGACGCUUCUUCCCGUCUAUUUAUGAUCGUUUAUCAUACUAUAUUGAUCUAAAUUUUACUUUAGUUCAAUUUUUAUCCGGACAUGGUAAAUUUCGUCAUUAUUUAUAUAAUAUUGGGUAUUCUACUGACUCAUCGUGCUGGUGUGGAAUAGAUACUCAAAAUUCUAUACAUUUAAUUUGCUAUUGUCAACGAUUUGCGAGUCCUCGUUUCCAGAUUGAGAACCGGUGUGGUUUAUCUUUACAUGAAGAGACCUUGCCGAUUUGGAUUACAAAAUUUCCUGUGCAAUUAUUUGAAUUUUUAUUAUUGAUAUAUAAAUGUUUAUAAUUUAUUAUUUUUGUAUAUAAAUUUUUAUCCCUAUUUA